ACCCUCCCAUGAUUGGGGUUUUUAAUUAUUCUGGUCUUUAGUACAGAGGGGCACUUAAGACUUCUCACUAAAAUAUAAUCUAUGAAACCUGAAAUUUCCUUAAAAUCAGGAAAGCUCAAUAAUUUUGUAGUGUACCAUAUACAUAUAACAUGAUUGAAAACUAUCAAACAUUUGGGGACAACUACCAAUACAGAAAGGGAAUCUCAACAUUUUGCAAAACAGAAUUCUCUUCUCCUAAGCAGUCAUUCUGAAAACAUCCUUCAUGCCUUUAUAACAAAACCUGAAGUCUUUGGAAAUGUAAGCAGAGUGGCACCUGGGUGCAUUGUUGAAGUGAAUCUCUGCUGAGCCACUUCUAUGAUCUCAGUUAUUCAUUAGACGUUAUUAGGAAAGCCUUCCCCAUAAGAUCCUCACCAGGAAGCAGGCAGAUGCCCUAUGGAACAUUAAUGUGACAACGAAGCAGAACAGCUAUUUGGAGCACAAGUCAAUCUUUGCCUGCGCUCAGUGGAGCAAGAGCUGUGUUCUGGUAACAGUUUGGUCAAGGGAUGAAACAGCAAAAUGGUAUGGUUCAAAUACAGAUGACUAGAGGAUACCUGUAAGAUAGCUGCUAACUACUUGUUAGCACUGAUUAUGAAACUGCAUAUCUAGUAAUGGGGCCCUCAGCUCAGUGUAAGCAAUAAAAGCACAGUAGCAGUACAGUAGCUUGUCAACACAAAUGCAAAAGACAGUAUGCAUUAAAGACAUGAUGGGACGUAGACCCUUAACCUACCAAAAGUAGGAAGAGUAAAAGUUACAAUAUGUAUAAAAUAUACUCAGUAGAAGUGGGUCAAGUAGAAAAUAAGAAAAUAUGUGUAACAGGCUGCAUUUGAGAAGGAAGGUCCCACCCUGGUAGCUACAAAUAAUUGCCUGCUUGUUUCCUCCUGCAGUAUCAUCUAAGCAAGGCAGGUACUUGCAGCUAACAUGGCAUUUCUUUCCUUUGUCAGAUGCACAUUAUGUUGAUUCAAUCUUUUAUGGCUUUACAGAAAGGAAAUUAAUUCUAAGCAUCAAAGGGACAGUCUCAUUUGUGCUCUAACUACAGCUUAUCUGCUUGAGAACCUAAUCUAGAAAAACACCUGCCUUGAACUCUCAGCACACAUCAACAACAAAUGUCAGCUUCAUGAUGGGAACCAUGUAACAGGAGAAAUGACCUGGUGGUGCCACAUUGCAGACAGUAGCUGGAGAAUCUGUGAAUAUUCUUUGCAUGUGGUGGAUUUUCUAGGAAAUAUGACUGCUUGUGUCCAAUAAGCCCUUUAAGAUUUCUUCAUCCUCAUCUUCUUUAACCGGAGUGUAAAUGGCAAAUGAUAACUAAGCCCUUUACCAACUUUGUACAUACAAACCCCUCUCAAUUAUGAAAUAAGUGAAGUUAAAGCCUGAGAACUUUCUCCCUGAAGGAAGAGACAUCAAAAUAGCCAUGGAGGUUACAGGGCAGUUUCAUCACAGACACAGAAACAAAUAUACUGACUAAUGGAAAUGCCAGACACAACUGUGCAUGACAUUAAAUCUGCCUCUCACACUAAAGGAAAAUUGUCGAUUAUCAAAUAUUUAGAUGCUCAAGCUGGUGUGCUACUGUAGAAUUUUUAAUUUUGCACCCCAUUCCAAAAUGAUGGAUCAUUUAAAUUCCUUUAAGUAAUGAUUAAGUUAGGUUGUGCUCCAGUUGCCAUCACAUGCAGAGAGAAUAGCUCUUUCCUGUUAUAUGUCAAAGUCCUAUAGUUCACUGUCCAAGCCACAUCUAAGAUUCCCAACAGAUAACUUUGUCUUUACAUUUCUCAGCUUAUGCUGAAAACUAAACAAAUUAUGGCUAUUGAAAUCCUUUUUAAAACUGAUGUCUCAGUUCCCUAUUCUUGAGCACAAGACGGAGUUUAUGAAGUAGACAGGUUUCCUGCAUGGGAGACCAUUUUGUUUACUUGGGCUAGAUACAAUUGCUGGUUGAAAUAUUUAAUCCAACAAUUCUAAACUUUGUACAACAGCUGAAAUAUGUGUAAUUAACUCAAAAACCUUUGAAGUAAAAUUUAACUUCAAUAACAUGGGACUAGUUCACUGACAGUGCUGUUGCAUAAUGUGAGCAUUUGGUUCUUUUGGCAGGUAGUAGCUGGUAAGCAACAGGAAUCAGCUCUUUCAUAGGACAUGGCAACCUUCUUCUCUGACCUGGUUCAGUUCCGAGGAUUAUUUCAAAUGAUCUUAGUGCUGGGAAUUGGUGGUAGUUUUCCAUAUGGCUUCCACAUUUCUGUAAUCAACUAUCCUUCUGUGCACAUCAGGAAGUUCAUUAAUGAAACCUGGAUAGAGCGACAUGGCUCUCCCCUUCAUCCCGAGACAAUCAUGCUGCUGUGGUCCUUCAUUGUGUCUGUUUAUGGGAUAGGAGGAUUCUUGGGAAGCCUCUGCUGUGGCUACCUGACUACAAAAUUCAGGAAAAAAAAGUGCCAAAUGUGCACCAACCUGAUCAUGCUGGUAGCUGCACUUUUAAUGGCCUUCAGUAAAACAGCCAAGUCCUUUGAGAUGAUUCUGGCCGGACGCUUUCUCUAUGGCAUUGGUACAGGUUUUUCUCUCAAUAUACAUCCUCAAUAUGUAGGAGAGAUCUCACCGAAGAAGCUGCGUGGAUUUACCAACUCCACAGUUGCUGUUUUUCUGACACUGGGAAAACUCACAGGACAGGUUAUUGGCCUACGGGAGAUUUUAGGAAGUGAAACUCUGUGGCCGUGGUUGUUAGCAUCUAGUGGACUUUCAGCAUUGGUUCAACUGGUUACCCUCCCAUUUUUCCCUGAUUCACCAUCCUACCUCCUGAUACAGAAGGGUAAUGAGGAAGCCUGCAGGAAAGCCAUCAGGAAGCUCUGGGGGGAAGGAGACCAUCAAGCAGAAAUUGAUGACAUUAUGAAGGAGAAGGCUGCAGUGACAAGUACAAAAUCCUUGCGUGUUCUUGAAGUAAUAAAAGAACGAUCUCUGCGCUGGCAACUGUACAUUUUGAUGACUGCCAUGACCACCUUACAGCUCUGUGGAAUCAAUGCAAUAUAUUUCUAUUCUUUUGAAGUAUUCCGCACAGCCAAGUUUGAAGAAUACCUUAUCCCAUACGUGUCCCUUGGAGUGGGGUUGUGUGAAUGCUUAUCCUCUAUACUGUGUAGCACCCUCAUAGACCGAUUUGGGAGGAAGGUGCUGCUGUUGGGAGGAUACACACUGAUGUGUUCUGUGCUGGCACUCCUCACCACAACCCUGUCACUGCAGCAUCAGUUUUUCUGGAUGCAUUACUUCAGUGUUAUCUUGAUCUUCCUAUUUGUUAUCUUCUACGGAAUUGGACCAUCUGGAGCCACUAUAUCUAUCAUGGUUGAAAUCUUCAGCCAGUCAUACAGACCAUCAGCCUUUUUGAUUGUUGGCUGCAUCAACUGGAUGGGACUUUUUGUACUUGGGAUGAUUUUUCCAUUGAUUGUUGAUAACCUUGGACCUUUCUGCUUCCUUAUCUUUUUGGGAAUCCUUGCUUUAUCAGCAAUUUUCAUCUACCUGUAUCUACCUGAGACCAAGGGAAAGUCAAUCAUGGAAAUAAAAGCAGAGUUCAACAAGCUGAACUUUGGGAAAAAAGAAACCUCAGUCACUGAAAAUAACCUUCCUAAGGAACAGUUUUUCUGCACCAAGCUCUGAACGUCCAGAGGAGAAAUUUGCAUCUCUUAGAAAAGACAGGAAACAUUGUUUCAAUGGAACUAAAAAGAAAACAUUAAAAACAGACUGCAAGCUUG